AUGGCGGAGAACACCAUGUGCCAAAGGUACGACACCAUCGAACUUGUAUCCGAAGUCGGAAAUCGUUCACACGAAUACGAUCUUGACUUGGCGGAUGCAUCGUGUCCCGUUCUCGCCCGUGCUUUGUCCGAUGCAAUCGUCAGAAGUAUCGUUGAAUCGGAUGAAUGGCCAUCGUUUGUAGAAGAAUUGCGGAAGGUCGGAGACGAUGACGACUUCGAUGACUUGCUGUGCAAGCCAACGUCAAAGCAGUACCUGUCGUGGGUUACUGAACAUUCGGCUCUUGAAACCAUUCCAGAAGACAAGAGACACACAACCUCUACACCAAAAGAUUCAGCAAGCAACCGGCUUCAAAGGGAUGAAAGUUGCAUGUGUGCUUCCGCGGAUCAGUCGAACAACGACGGCGCUUUCCGUAAAACGGAUAGGAAGUGUCGUUCAGUCCAAUCGCCCAGUAGUGAAGCUAGACAUCGGCGAGUCAUUUAUUCAAGCUCGCAUUCAGGAAUCCAGCAAGGCGUUAAGCUCUCCGGGGGUAACCAAGUUCUUACUCCAGGGAACAAGAGCACGAGGACAUCACCGCCGCUCAAGUGUUCUAAAAGUUCCCUGACGGAUUCUACCGACUUGUCAAUCUCAGACAAGAAUUCCUUGGAGUGGUCUGGCGAAAUAGAGCAAUUCCGCGCUGCUCUGUUCUCGUCGGGGUCUUCGGGGGACAGCGACCUCGUCAAGUCCGCCUUCCAGAUCACUAAGAGUGGGAGCUCCAUCCUGGCCCUUGAACAGCUGUUCCUUACCGCCGACCAGGCCCGCAGACUGCACGACCACCUGCCAGGUCCGGUGGCCGCCAAGGUUGGCAACCUACAGUUGAAGCGUCUGGCAAAUAAACCGUGCGAGGAAGCGCCUUCUGAACCCGGCGUAACCAAGCGUUCGCUGCGUCGUCUUGGCAGAGGAGCCUUCGGACGAGUCUUCGGCGUGCAUAUCAAAGGAAGACUGGUGGCCGUGAAGGAUGUGCGCAAUGUGGACAGCCCGUGCGAAAAGAACGCGUCGCAACUGCUGCACCGCCAUGUCGUGCGAACUCUCUAUGUGACUUCUCUGGAGCCAAGGCGCUUCCUGGUCGUCAUGGAGUAUGGCGGGCCUCGGACGCUGGAGCACAUUCUAGAACAGGGGCCCCUGCGUCUCCAAGAAACGCUACGCUUUGGUCGGCAGACGGCGUCGGCGCUGCACUACUGCCACCGCUGCAACGUGCUGCACCUGGAUGUGAAGCCCAGCAACAUUCUGGUGCACAACGCCGACUGCAAGCUUGCCGACUUCGGGAGCAGCGCUAUCAGGGGCACCAAGCCAAAGGUGUGCGGCACGGUGCAGUACAUGGCUCCCGAGGUGCUGUGCGGCCAGCGGCCAGACUUCCCCUCCGACGUCUACUCCCUGGGCGUCGUGCUCUGGCAGAUGCAGUCGGGUGUGCGGCCCUUCGACGGCUUGCAUCAGCACGCCGUCAUCUUUCAGGUGGUGCGGCAGCAAGCCCGUCCGCAGUUCGGCCAAUCCAAGUCACCAGAAUUGGAGGCCCUGGUGACGCGGUGCUGGAGCACCUUCCCGCAGGACCGUCCCAGCACGGGGGCCGUCGUCCAGGACCUGACUGCUCUGCACAGGUCUCACCUCGAGGCUCGGAUUGCCCCCGUCUGA